AUGUCCCCAAUAGGGGAAAUUCACACUAUCGCAAGAGGCUUCGUUAGCAAAGGGGUAACUUCAUCCAAAAGGAAAGCACAUGUAAGGGAGGCUCGAUAUCGAGAAGUCUACUCAGCCUUCUACUGCCCCACUAAGUACAGGAGGGGCAAACCUGCUCCCAUAAUCUCCUUCGGAGAAGUUGACGAGGAUGGAGUCCUUUAUCCACACGACGAUGCAUUGGUGGUGACCAUGCAGAUCGCCAACUUCAUAAUAAGGAGGAUUCUUAUCGACAACAUCAGUUCGGCGGACAUUUUAUUAUGGGAAGCAUUUACCCUUAUGGGAAUAGACGCAGCCCGGCUCCUACCGGCCCCAAUGCCACUUAAAGGCUUCUUCGAAGAGACAGUCCAACCAAAGGGGACAGUAGGCAGUGCUCCUUGCACUGCCCCUGUCAUGGUCUACUUCUUGGUGGUAAGAGCCCAUUCCUUAUAUAAUGCCAUCAUUGGUUGGCCAACCCUCAACAAGUUGAAGGUGAUCACAUCCACUUACCAUCUGAAGUCUUUUUUAGGAAUUUAG